GUGUGUGUGUGUGUGUGCGCAAGUGGACUCCUUCACCUCACAUGCUCCCCGGCGGCCGGUGACGAGCGGAGACAGACGCGCAGGCACCGCAGCGGGGACACAGGGUCCGCACCGCGAGGGUUUCGACAGCCGCGUUCCUCCCGGCCUCGUGUCAAGCAUCAGCAGCCACUCCGGUGAUCCGUCUGCUCCACACAUUCACUGAGGAGCUUCAUCUCACACAACCAGAAGAGAUGAGCAGCGGCAAGAAGAUGGAGGACGAGGCGGUGCUGGACCGGGGCGCGUCCUUACUCAAGCACCUCUGCGACGAGGAGGAGGUCGAGGGCCACCACACCGUCUACAUCGGCGUGCGCGUGCCCAAGAGCUAUCGGCGGCGGCGGCGCCACCGCCGGAAAGCCGCCCACAAGGACAGAAAGGAGCGUUUGACGGAGAACACCUUCGACAGGUCGGACACCGAAAACAACGACGAGCCCAGCAACACCAUCCUCAAACCUCUGGUCUCGCCGGCAGCCGAGAGGAUCCGCUUCAUCCUCGGCGAGGAGGAUGACGGCCCGCCGCCGCCGCAGCUCUUCACGGAGCUGGACGAGCUGCUGUCGGUGGACGGACAGGAGAUGGAGUGGAAGGAGACGGCCAGGUGGAUCAAGUUUGAGGAGAAGGUGGAGAAAGGAGGGGAGCGCUGGAGUAAACCCCACGUGGCCACGCUGUCCUUGCACAGCCUGUUUGAGCUGAGGACGUGCAUAGAGAAAGGCACCAUCAUGCUCGACAUGGAGGCCUCCACCCUCCCUCAGGUUGUUGAGAUGAUCACUGACAACCAGAUAGAGAUCGGCCAGCUGAAGGCAGAGCUGAAGGACAAAGUGAUGUACACGUUGCUACGGAGACAUCGCCACCAGACCAAGAAGUCCAACCUGCGCUCUCUGGCCGACAUCGGCAAGACGGUCUCCAGUGCAAGUAGGCUGUUUUCCAACCAGGAAAACGACAGUCCCACCACAGCCCACCGGGACCUGACCUCCAGCAGCCUGAACGACAUCUCUGACAAACCGGAAAAAGAACAGCUGAAGAACAAGUUCAUGAAGAAGUUGCCGAGAGACGCCGAGGCCUCCAACGUGCUGGUGGGGGAGGUGGACUUCCUGGACACGCCGUUCGUGGCGUUUGUCCGUCUGCAGCAGGCCGUGAUGCUGGGAGCCCUCACCGAGGUCCCCGUCCCCACCAGGUUUUUAUUCAUCUUGCUGGGACCCAAAGGCAAAGCCAAGUCGUACCACGAGAUUGGCAGAGCGAUCGCCACCCUGAUGUCGGAUGAGAUCUUCCACGACAUCGCGUACAAGGCCAGGGACAGACAAGACCUGCUGGCCGGCAUCGACGAGUUCCUCGACGAGGUGAUCGUGCUCCCUCCGGGGGAGUGGGACCCGGCCAUCAGGAUCGAGCCCCCCAAAUCCCUCCCCUCCUCGGACAAAAGGAAAAACAUGUACGCAGGAGGAGACUCUCAGAUGAACGGAGAUAUGCCUCAUGAUGGAGGUCAUGGAGGAGGGGGACAUGCUGCUGGGGACGAGCUAAAGAAGACUGGAAGGUUUUGUGGAGGUCUCCUACUUGACAUAAAAAGAAAAGCGCCUUUCUUCAUCAGUGACUUCACCGACGCAUUUCACAUUCAGGCCUUGUCAGCCAUUUUGUUCAUCUACCUGGGAACCGUGACCAACGCCAUCACCUUCGGCGGUCUGCUGGGGGAUGCUACGGAAAACAUGCAGGGCGUGCUGGAGAGCUUCAUGGGCACAGCCAUCACCGGCGUGGUCUUCUGCCUGAUGGGCGGCCAGCCCCUCAUCAUCCUCAGCAGCACCGGGCCCGUCCUGGUGUUUGAACGGCUGCUCUUCAAUUUCAGCAGAGACAACUCACUGGACUACAUGGAGUUCCGCCUGUGGAUCGGCCUGUGGUCGGCGUUCUACUGCCUGGUGCUCGUGGCCACCGACGCCAGCUACCUGGUUCAGUACUUCACCCGCUUCACCGAGGAGGGCUUCUCCUGCCUCAUCAGCUUCAUCUUCAUCUACGACGCCUUCAAGAAGAUGCUCAAACUAGCCGACCACUACCCCAUCAACGGCGACUUCAAGAUGGAGCACGUCACGCAGUACGACUGCCUCUGCAUGGCGCCUGCUGUUCCUGAGAAUACGUCCGACAUGGUUGACGAUUCAUUGGAAGCUAUUUUACAGUCUUUAAACAGCACUGAUCUGCCUCUUCUCUCCUCCAUGCAGCCCAUGAACGCCAGCUGGUCGUCCCUCUCAAAGUCGGACUGCUUGAAGUACAACGGCGAGCUGGUGGGGAAGGCCUGCGAGUUCAUCCCGGACAUCGCCCUCAUGUCCUUCAUCCUCUUCUUCGGCACCUACACCUGCUCCAUGUUUCUGAAGAAGUUCAAGACCAGCCAGUUCUUCCCCACCAGCGUGAGGAAACUCAUCAGCGACUUCGCCAUCAUCCUGGCCAUCCUCAUCUUCUGUGGGGUGGACAUGCUCGUCGGAGUCGAAACUCCCAAACUCAUCGUGCCAAGUGAAUUCAAGCCAACAAGUCCCGAGCGGGGCUGGUUCGUUGCCCCCUUCGGAGGGAACCCCUGGUGGGUUUACCUGGCGUCGGCUCUCCCCGCCCUGCUGGUCACCAUCCUGGUCUUCAUGGAUCAACAGAUCACUGCCGUGAUCGUCAACAGGAAGGAGCACAUGCUGAAGAAAGGGGCCGGUUACCAUCUGGACCUGCUCUGGGUGGCCAUUCUGCUCAUCGUCUGCUCCUUCAUGUGCCUGCCGUGGUACGUGGCCGCCACCGUCAUCUCCAUCGCUCACAUCGACAGCCUGAAGAUGGAGACGGAGACAUCGGCCCCCGGAGAGCAGCCCAAGUUCCUGGGUGUGAGAGAGCAGCGGCUCACUGGUGUCGUUGUGUUCAUCCUCACCGGCCUGUCUGUGCUGAUGGCUCCUAUUUUAAAGUUCAUCCCGAUGCCGGUGCUGUACGGAGUCUUCCUCUACAUGGGAGUCGCUUCUCUCAAUGGAGUGCAGUUCAUGGAUCGCCUGCAGCUGCUUCUGAUGCCAGCGAAGCAUCAGCCCGACCUGGUUUACCUGAGACACGUCCCCCUCAGGAAGGUCCACCUCUUCACCUUCAUCCAGAUCCUCUGCCUGGCCCUGCUGUGGGUCCUCAAGUCCACGGUGGCCGCCAUCGUGUUCCCCGUCAUGAUCCUCGCUCUGGUGGCCGUCAGGAAAGCGAUGGACUACAUGUUCUCGCAGUACGAACUCGGCUUCCUGGACGACGUCAUCCCGGAGAAGGACAAGAAGAAGAAAGAGGACGAGAAGAAGAAAAAGAAAAAGCGAGGCAGCGUCGACAGCGAGGCUGAAGACUCCGACUGUCCUUACAUUGACAAAGUUCCCAACGUUAAAAUCCCCAUGGACACGAUGGAGCAGGAGCCUUUCUUAGGCGAUAAGGCCCGUGACAGAAACAAGUCCCCAUCGCUGCUCGAACGACACACAUCGUGCUGAUCAGCUCCGCUACUACCAAGACAGCUGCUUGUCCAGCCCCGAGAUGAGUCCGCUGAAGUCUGUCCCUCAGAUCAGGAUCCACAUGGACCCCGACGACAACGACGACAACUCCUUCUACUGGAGGAGCCGGGGCUCCGAGACGUCUCUGUAGAGACGAGACAUCCGUCCUCAGCUCUGAGGAAAAGUCAUCGUUGUUCUCAUGAAGCCGUUUCACGUCAUGUUUCUCCUCACAGAUCCACAGGAAACGGAUGAAUGUGGCUCCUCCCACUUUUCUUCUCACUGCUCCUUUCGUUUUUACUCUUUGCAUUAUAAAUAUAAUCAUUGUCCGUGGGUUUUUUAUAUGAAGUGAUUUACUUAAAUAACAUUUUCCUGUAGCAGUAAUCUUUCUUUUUCUUUAGCUCUACCUCUUGUUUUAGAUUAAAAACUUGUGAACAAAUGCAAAAUGUUGACUUUUAAAAAAUAUAUAUUUUCUUUCUGUUUUGUGGUGGAGUCGAUUCAAGGGAUUCACUGUAUUAUAGCUUGUCAAUAGAAUGUGUGAGAAUAGAUUAUUUUUAAGUUAAUUAAUAAUGAAUUAAUCACAAAUAUUUGUAUAUGCAGAUGAGGUAAAUAUUUUUAUUAUCAUGUUUUGAUUGCUUCACCUUCUCUUUCUAAUUUCUUUCUUCCACGUUUGUUCAAAGCUUUUGCUACACUUUUAAGUUAAAUCUUUUCUUUUUUUAAUGAUUAUUUUGUGUUUGUUGGUAAAACUAAAGUGUUUUUCCCUUUUGGUAGAAAUCAGUUGAAAGAUAUUUAAUCUUCAGAUUAUCCUCAGCCAAACUUAGACUAACUAGGAAUGCUUAUCAAAUAAUGGCUUGUACUGAACCUAAGUGGCUUAUAAGAAUUAUGAGAAGGGAAUCAAAUCGGACUUUCUGUUUGGAGUCAUUUCCUACACCAAGCAGAGUACUCCUCGGGGGCGGGGCUUACUGUGAUUGACAGGACAGGUAUACGCCGUCUCCACGUCACUCCUCCACAACCCCAAAAGUUGGAGUCCUUCGUUUGAAUCUACAACAUCCAAUGAAAAGUGUCCACGAUGUUCAUAUUUAGGGAACGGAAUGAAUACUCAAAACAGUUUGUUUUUUUCAAUUAACUUUUUGUGACUUUUAGUAACAGGUGAAAUGGUUUAUUUUAGAAUUUAUAUUUUUGAAAUGAAAUGUACAUUGGAAAAUAAACAGAGUUCUCAAACA